CCUGGUCUCCUCCCUCUCCCGUCCUCUCCUCCUCCUACUGCUCAUCCUCAUCUUCAUCCUCAUCCCCAUCCUCUCAGGAAGGGGGCUCCCGAGCCUCAGCCUGAGCAGGAGACAGGUGCUUCGGCCUCGCCCCCAGCCCGAAAAAAGCCUCCGGACUCCGGAGGCUGCGGCUGUGGUGGCUGAGGCGGCGGCGGCGAAAAAGACAGAAGAACCAGCCCGAGCCGGAACCGGGUCCGAGCCGGAGCACCCUCCCUCCCCCUCCAGUGGAGUCUAGCCGAGGGGCGGGCCCAGGGAGGAGGGAGGAGCGCCGGGGCCCGCCCCCGCCCCCUCGGCCCGGUCCUGCUGCUCUCCCGGCCCGCUGCCGCCACCGCGCUUGCCUCCUCGGCUCCUCGUCUCCUCCGCUCCCCAUUCCUCUGCGCUCGAGCCGGGGACGCUCCGCCAGCCCCUCCGGGGCUCAGGUCCCCAGCCCCAGCCCAGCACCCCUCUGGCUGCUCCGCAUCAUAGGGCCGCCCUCCAGCCUGCCAACUUCUCUUCCUGCUCCCCGAUAGCCAAGUGGGGGCCGCGUCUCUCCGAUCCCCCGACACCCCCAGGCCCACUGCCCCUACCCCGUCCUUGGAGUCGGCCGGCAAACCAGCUCGAGGACCUGUCCGCUCUCUUCUUUUGGGCCCCUUUCCUCUCCGUGGGCCGGAGGCUAGGGAGCCGCUUGUCCGAGGGCGCGCUAGGAGAUCCUUUCAGCGAGCGGCCUCAGCAGUUUGGGGGCGGGGUGGCGCGGAGGGGGCGACGAUGCGCCUCCAGACGUGACGGGGUUGCCGCCGCCGCCGCCGCCGGUGCCACCGCCCGUGCCAGUGCCCGUGCCGCCUGUGCCGCGGGAGGCCAGGCGUGAAGAUGUGGCUCUUUGGGAUUACACGUGGAGAUAGGCGAUCGGGAUCGGCCCCGGGGAGCGCCGGUUGGUGAGACGCGCUGCGCCCCCCCACCCCCUUGUGCCCCGGAGAAGCGGAUUCAAUGGCGCCAUCCCCCAAGAGGAGCCGCCGGAAAGAUGCCAACGCCUUGCCGAGCAUGUCCUCAACUUUUUGGGCUUUCAUGAUCCUGGCGAGUCUGCUAAUCGCUUACUGCAGUCAGUUGGCUGCUGGUACCUGUGAGAUUGUAACACUGGACAGAGAUAGUAGCCAGCCUCGAAGGACUAUUGCACGGCAAACUGCUCGAUGUGCUUGUAAAAGAGGACAGAUCGCUGGCACAACGAGAGCCCGGCCAGCCUGCGUGGACGCACGAAUCAUAAAAACCAAGCAGUGGUGUGACAUGCUUCCCUGUUUAGAAGGAGAAGGCUGCGACUUGUUAAUCAAUAGAUCAGGCUGGACGUGCACCCAGCCUGGAGGACGGAUAAAGACAACCACGGUCUCCUGACAGCCGCAGCAUGAGCAAGCGCGUGAUCUCCCUGGGACGACGGCUUUAGGCUCCGCAUGAGCUCCUUACCUUAGUCAAGUUUCUUCCACCGUGGAUCCUCGCCCGUUGUACUUCCCUUCCCGCCACCGUCUGUUUCUCUGUAUCUCAUCCAAAACAGCCUCAUUCUUCGACUGCCGCCAUGCGCUCCAGUCUGUCCGGCCGUCCACGGAGCACUGAACUAGGGAGCGGAGGGAGCACAGCGAUGCUCGGGCUUUAGCCAUACCAAGUCCGUGGUGAGCGCCCAUCCCCGGGUCCACUCAGCCGCUGGACUCCCUGGGACCCACGUGGUUUCACGCGAGGAGUCGCCUGCAGAGAAGAGUCCGAUCAGCCUUAGAGAAGACUGUUUUGUCAAUGGGGGGACACUCGGGCGCAAGAGAGAGUCUCUCCUCCUGCCCUGGACUGUCUGAGUCGCUUUUAUUUUCUUAUACUUUCAGUAUAUACAAUAGACCAAAGAGCAAAAUCUAUUUUAAAGAGGACACAAUCUUAUUGUUAAAGUUAUCGGGGUUAAAUUGUAGAGGGGAGGUCGGGGUGGGGGGAGGGAGCACAGACGUGAAUGAAUCCUGUGGUCGGGAGCCGGACGGACGUGGCCGUCCGGAGGAUGGGGCGUCUGUCUCUGCCGAGGGAACGCUGCGGUCCGGAGUCCAAGGAACUGCUCCCGAGGAAGAGACGCGCCUCUGAAGAAUGCAGACAGAGCAUGGAGAGUCCGGAGCCGACGUCCUAGACACACGCAGACAGACUUCCGUAGAACACAGACUGGCCGCCGCGCCGCGGCGGUGGCCCCUUUAUCCCUCUGUACUUAGAUUGACUUUAUCGUACUAAAAAUCAUUUUCCGUUUUAACCAGUUAAACAUGCCUCUUCUACCGUUCCAUUUUUGAUAGUUGGAUAAUCCAGUAUUUGCAAAGAGCAUGUUUGGUCUCCUGUGACCUCUGUCUCAUCCGAUGCACCAUUUAGCACCAGAAAGCAAAUUAAAGGAAAAAAAAAGUAACACUUGUUUGAAAGAGAUCAUUAAAUGUAUUUUGAAAAUCCUAAAGUUAUAUAUUUAACAGUUUUUAUAUGUUGUAUAUUUGUAGAGAAUACUAUUUAACAAUUAACGUGGUAGCUGUCGCAGGCCUGAUGAACAGUCCGACUCCCCUGGGCUUUCUAAACCCGACAGGCCAGGGAGUGACCACACCACACGGGAUUUCGUGAAGCAUGGCCAGGGAGGAUACUUUCGGAAAGUCACCAAUCCUGUCGUUUAUAUCAAUCGCUUUAAGGCAUCCAACCUUCACACACUGGUGGAAGAUGGGGCUUUUUUUAGGUUUGUCUUUGGAAUCUGGGGGGGAGGGCUCUCUGUACGGUCAAAUUUGGGUGUAAAAUACUUGAAUCAUAACUAAGUUACUUCCCACCCCUUUUCUUGCCCACCUUGGCCCAAGAGUAUACUUUCAUGCUGGUCGGCAGCUUGAUUCCUACGCCCCCAUCUUCCAAAGUAUUUAGCCUUCGUAUUAUCCUGUAGGGAAGAAUUGAGGCUGGGGAAAGAAGUGGAGAGCCAGAUGAAUUCUGAGCUCCUGUCCCUCUCUCUGAUCACAUUGGGUAUGUGAUGAGAUCACAAGAGCUGAUGGAUCUCUGGCUCUGGAUCCCCUUCUCCCUGGCAAUGAAUUAUAACCCAAUCCCCAAGCCCUUUCUGAGUCCCCACUGUAGUAUACUACCUAUUAGUCCAAUUAACAUUAGGAUUAUCUUAGAUCUAUGCUAUGAAGAGAAAGCAUUUAGAGGAUGGUCAAGAAACCAUAGACUAAAGCCCAAUUUGAUUCAAGCCUGUUCCCACGAUCCGCCUCGGGGACUUCAUUUAAACAGGCCGUAAUCAUGAAUUUAGGGGUAUCUCUGAGGCAACCCAAUGUAUAGGAUGUUUUCUUUUUCCCUUUCUCAAAUUGUAUAACAGGUCUGACCUGUAUCCGAAUAGUGGUUAGCACCAUCCCUCGCCGUGUGCUCUAUGCCGUGUAAUGCAGGACGGCCCUCCUGCCCCACAAAGGACCCAUGAUGGGUUUCCCGUAACCGAGAGUCCUGGGAGAUGCGCUGACCCACAGGUCCCCCCACCCAGGCUGUCUCCUCCUUCCUCUCACCUCUGGUUGUUUCUUUCCGAAGAGAGUGUAGUCGCCUUAUUUAGCAAAGACCGAGAACAUUUAAGAUGUUACAACAUUUUCUGUUGCUUUACAAUAUUCAGUUUUUGUGUUGAUUCCGCUAAAUUAUGGAAAUAAAGACAAAAAAUCCUUUUA